AUGCACAGCUUCUCGAUCGGCACAGCUUCAGGCGGACCGCUGGGAGGCUUGCUAGCAGAGACGCUUGGAUGGCGUUGGUCUUUCUUGUCGCAGGUCCCUUUGCUCUUGACCGCGUACAUCACCAUCGUCUUUAUGCUUCAUCUACCAAAACUACCAAAGGAGGAGGAUGAGGCCGAGGCGGUUGCACAGACUGCUCCGGUGGCCACCAACGACCAAGCUCGCUCCGACCAUCCCAGCGAAGCGAGGACUGCGCCGGCUCACGCAGAAGUCCGCAUCGUGCCCCUGUGGAAAUUGCUCGAUUUGCCCGGCACCCUCCUCUUGACCAUCAGCUUGCUCUGUCUCAUCUCGGGGCUGACACUCAUCUCCUCUUCGAGAUUGCCCAUCUCGGAUUCGAAAGUCAUUGCAUGCUUUGUCAGCUUCGCUGUCCUGACGUCCGUCUUUCUUCUAUAUGAAGGAACGGUAGCGAAGCGCACAGGAGCUGUGCUCCCCAUGCGACUCUUCAACAGCCGCACCGUCAUAUGCGCUGCAGGCUUUUAUCUGACAUCAGUGAGUCUCGCUCGAGUGGCACAAGAUGCUUGGUUCCCCAAAGCAAGGCGCACCUCACGCUGAGACGCACCGCCAUCCCUCGCCAGAACGUCGCCUUUCAAGGCUUCAUUUUUCACAUGCCAAUCUACUUUCAAGCUGGUCGUCUGUACACCUCGACUCAGACUGGUCUGCAGAUGCUUCCACUCUCCGUCAAUACCGCCAUCAGCGCUCUAUUCGCAGGCUUCUAUCUGCGCAAGACUGGUCGCUACUGGAACGUGCUGCAGAUUUGCAACCUGAUCACCUUCUCUACACUGGCCAUCUACACGACUUUUGACAUCCACACAUCCAAACUCAAACUCUACGCCAGCAUCAUACCCAAUGGCAUCGGCGCAGCGUCCUUUACCAUCGUGCUUGGUGAGGUCUCGUCGAGAGCAAGGCAGCAAAUGGCGCCAAAGUGGGUCGGCUGACUUGGAUGCGACACCUGUUCGCCCUUUGCUCAGUCGCUUUGACCACCGCGCUGCCUCAUCGCGAUCAGGCUUCCGCCAAUGGGCUGAUCUACCUUUGCAGAGGGCUUGGAAGCGUCCUGGGUCUCAGCCUCUCGGGAGCGCUGUUCCAGGAUCGAGUAGCGAAUGAGCUUCACGCACGCAUUCGAGGUCCGGGAAGCGCAGAGGUGAGCGGACAUCUUCGUUCUUUACUUUUUCAAGUUUGCAUCUCUUUUAUUCACAAAUUGCUCGUAUUUGCCUGAAUUGUUGCCGCUCUUAUCACCAGAUCAUCGAAAAGUUGAGACGAGACAUCUUGUUUAUCCGCAAGCUGGAUCCUGUAACGCAGUUGCAGGCACGCGAAAGCUUCAUUCUAGCUGUGAGUCAUCGCGGAGUGUCCCUGUGCCCCAUCCAUGUCAGCUGGUCAGGUCAGCUGGAUGCUCACAGGCAUGCUCAUCGCGUGUACCUCGUGUGUGUGUCCAGUUCCGAACCGUUGCUCGCGUCUCCACGGCAGCUUUCGCAUGCUGCGUCAUCCUGUCCCUAUGGUUGCCAGAGCACACCCUCAGUAAGACACAGAAGCCUGAUUCGGAGCAACAGCCAGAUGAAGCAAGAGCGCACGCUGCAACAUCCACGAACGAAAGACAGGAAGAUAGUCCAGCUUGA